GUCCCCUCCCUUCCCUUUUCCCGAACGCUGAAUGCUGAUUUCUGAGAUGAAAAUCUUCCUCUUCGGACAGCCAGGACUCAUAUGAAGGACACGCAAAUAUUGGAUCAUAAAUAAGAAGCGAGUCUGGCGAGCUCAGAAACCCAGCCCAAAAGGAGCAGCAUCAAGAAUCCACCCUUCUCCUGCACAACUCACUCCCCACCCAACACACAUAGAAUACUAAUUUCCUGAGAUAAGAUCUUACCCCUUUAAACAACCACACACACGCAUACACACACACAGAGUGUAUAUUAUUACUAAAUAUAAUAGGUUAAACCCAGCAGCACGGGGGAAAAAAAGCCUCUUCUGUAACCCACUCUCCCUUUUCACCCUUCUGAAUGCUGAGAUCCUGAGGUAAAUUUUUUCCCUUACCCACAGCAAAGACUCUUUUUGAAGAGGACACAAAUAUAUAUUAGAUUAUAGAGAUGUAUUAAAUUAUUCCAGAUUUAAAUCUAUUUUUUGCUGCCAAGGGGUUGGGGGACCAGACGUCAUUGUAUAUUUUUUUUUUUCUUUUUUCUUCCCUCUUAACUCAUUUAUGGGAGAGUCAAGGCUGCUGAGGAGGAAAAAAACAGGAUAGUUAGAAUCCCUUUAUCCUUAUUCCCCAGAAGCUUUUUCUCUCAUUGCUGUGCAUUUCCUUUAAAAAAAGGAAACCUCUUAUUUUGUGAACCAAAGAUUUAUUUUUCCCUUCCUCCUGGCCAAAGGAAGGAAACGGACACAAAUUGACACAUUUAAAUAGCUGAAGAGAUCUAUCUUUUGCAAAAAAACAAACAUCUUUAUCCAAAUCUGAAAUAAAUAGCGUGGAGGGAGAAACUGGAAUAUCUAGCUAAAACCAGGAUACUUGCUAAUCUCGCCUCAGAGGAGGACGAGGUAAACACUAAACAUCAACUUGUUCUUACAGGGAGGAUUCAAGCCCUAAAUAUAAUAAAUGGGGGAUUACGGGUUUGGAGUGUUAGUGCAAAACAACACUGGAAAUAAGUCAGCUUUUCCAGUCAGAUUUCAUCCACAUCUGCAGCCUCCACACCAUCAUCAAAAUGCAACCCCCAGCCCUGCUGCUUUUAUAAAUAAUAACACAGCUGCCAAUGGCAGUAGUGCUGGGUCAGCUUGGCUCUUUCCUGCUCCAGCUGCCCAUAAUAUUCAGGAUGAGAUUCUGGGGUCAGAAAAAUCUAAAACUCAGCAACAGGAAAAGCAAGAGUCCCUAGAAAAACAGCAGCUUUCCCCUAGUCAAAGUCAGGAAGCAGGCAUGCUCUCUGAACCUGACAAAGCUAAAACUGAAGAAAAUCAGGGCGAUAAUUCUUCAGAGAACGGCAACGGAAAGGAGAAAAUAAGAAUAGAAUCGCCGGUGUUAACAGGAUUUGAUUAUCAAGAGGCUUCGGGGCUAGGUACUUCGACACAGCCCUUGACAUCCACUGCAUCUUCUCUGACUGGUUUUAGUAACUGGUCUGCAGCUAUAGCUCCUUCUUCUUCUACAAUAAUCAAUGAAGAUGCAAGUUUCUUUCAUCAGGGAGGGGUCCCUACUGCCUCAGCUAAUAAUGGUGCUCUGCUGUUUCAGAAUUUUCCACAUCACGUCAGCCCUGGCUUUGGUGGUAGCUUUUCCCCCCAAAUUGGACCCCUCUCUCAACACCACCCUCAUCACCCUCAUUUUCAGCAUCAUCACAAUCAGCAUCAGCAACAGAGGAGGUCUCCUGCAAGUCCUCACCCACCUCCAUUCACACAUAGAAAUGCUGCUUUUAAUCAAUUGCCUCAUUUGGCUAAUAAUCUUAACAAGCCACCUUCUCCAUGGAGCAGCUACCAAAGUCCAUCGCCUACACCAUCUUCAUGGAGCCCUGGUGGCGGUGGAUAUGGUGGGUGGGGUGGGUCCCAAGGUCGAGACCACCGCAGGGGACUGAACGGAGGGAUAACACCCCUGAACUCCAUCUCGCCCUUAAAGAAGAAUUUUGCAAGUAAUCAUAUCCAGUUGCAGAAAUAUGCUCGACCCAGCUCAGCCUUUGCUCCGAAAUCAUGGAUGGAAGACAGUUUGAAUAGAGCUGACAACAUUUUUCCUUUUCAGGAUCGCACAAGGACUUUUGACAUGCAUUCACUGGAGAACUCGCUAAUUGACAUAAUGAGAGCUGAAAAUGAUUCACUGAAAGGUAAAUUUAGAAAGAGACUAUUUCCUGCAGCAGGCCCAGCCCAGGGUUUAGCUGCUGAAAUCUGGCAAAAUCACUUCAGCAAAAUCCUGUUCAUCAGCUUUGAGCAUUCAGUAACUUCUUCACUGUUUCCAAUGGAAGACGGGUUCUUGGAUGAUGGACGUGGGGAUCAGACUCUUCACAGUGGUUUAGGAUCACCUCACUGCUUCUCCCAUCAGAACGGAGAAAGAGUGGAGCGGUAUUCCCGUAAAGUCUUUGUUGGCGGACUGCCACCAGAUAUUGAUGAAGAUGAGAUCACUGCUAGUUUUCGUCGGUUUGGACCUUUGAUUGUAGACUGGCCACACAAGGCAGAGAGCAAAUCUUAUUUUCCUCCUAAAGGAUAUGCGUUUUUGCUGUUCCAAGACGAAAGCUCUGUACAGGCGCUGAUUGAUGCAUGUAUUGAAGAAGAUGGAAAGCUCUAUCUUUGUGUUUCCAGCCCCACUAUCAAAGACAAACCGGUUCAGAUCCGGCCUUGGAACCUUAGUGACAGUGAUUUUGUUAUGGAUGGUUCACAGCCUCUUGACCCACGAAAAACCAUUUUUGUUGGUGGUGUUCCUCGGCCUUUACGAGCAGUGGAACUUGCAAUGAUAAUGGAUCGGCUGUAUGGAGGGGUGUGCUAUGCUGGAAUUGACACAGACCCUGAGCUGAAGUACCCAAAAGGAGCUGGGCGGGUUGCAUUUUCUAAUCAACAGAGUUACAUAGCUGCUAUCAGUGCUCGCUUUGUUCAGCUGCAGCAUGGAGAGAUAGAUAAACGGGUGGAAGUUAAGCCAUAUGUCUUGGAUGAUCAGCUUUGUGAUGAAUGUCAGGGGGCCCGUUGCGGUGGAAAAUUUGCUCCAUUUUUCUGUGCUAAUGUUACCUGUCUGCAGUAUUACUGUGAAUAUUGCUGGGCUGCUAUCCAUUCACGCGCUGGCAGGGAAUUCCACAAGCCCCUGGUGAAGGAGGGAGGAGAUCGCCCAAGACAUAUUUCAUUCCGCUGGAACUAAAUGAUCACUGCAGUGCUCAUAUGCAGGCCUCAAAUUAAGUGCACUCUUCUGUUAUCCUGAUUGUCCCUACCCCACCCUACCCUUUCUCUUAUUCAAGAUAGCAUGUCCUUUUGUAGUAGUCUGUAAUUUAACAAUAGUAUAAUGAAAGAAUGACCUAUAAUAUGGGUAUUUUGUAGAACCUUGUCAUUGAAAACUGUAUUGGGAACUCCUUUUCGUAUUGAUAACAUGUUGCAAGUGAGUUGCAUUCUCUUGUCUUUACUACGGAGAGAACACUUAAUUUCAUGCAACAUUUUCUUAGAGGAGAGAAAAAUAUUAAGAAAAGAGAAUUGAAACAAUAGAGUAUUUUGGUUUUUUAAUUAAAUUAUUGUUAAUAAAGAACGUAAGAAUACUUUUAUUAAAAUAACCGUGUAACAAUAACACUAUCAGUCUGUUCUGACACUUUUCCCCCAGGGAAGCCUGUUUUUGCCUCUCUUUUUGUUUCAACUUUGGAUUUUUCCAGCAACAGAUGAAGUUAGCAUUUACCUGCCAACAGGAAAGAGCAUGUUUAAAGCAACAAAAAUGCAUGAGCAAAGUUGAAGCAGCAUUAUAAU